AUGGCGGAAGAGGAUAAUAUCACAAUCAGCAUCAGUGGUACAAAAUUUGAGAUCUCUAAAGACACCUGGAGUUGCAUAGAAAGUAACUUACAAGAAAAGCAUGGCACGAAGGAAACAUCUCAACUCUACAAAGUUACUAAAUCAGGGGACCUUUUCUUUGAAAGACAUCCAAACUGUUUUCCUGUAGUGUUGGGAUAUUUUCAAAACAGAGGACUGCAUAUGCCUUCUUCUUUGUGUCCCUCGGAAUUCAAUGACGAGAUGGAAUUUUGGGGGAUCACACCGGAUAAGAUGGAAAACUGUUGCUAUAGUAGAUACGUUGGUUUCUUUGACGACCAAAACGUUUUGAAAAUAUUGGAUAACGAUCAAACUGCCAGGAAAAAUGAAAGAAAAGAAAUAGAGGAAAGAACACGAGGGACAGGGUGGAAAGCUGUAGAGGCGAAAGUUUGGAGUGUUUUGGAAGAGCCGUCGUCAAAUAUCGGAGCAAAGAUCUACUUUUAUGUCAGCGCGGCUUUUGUCAUCGUCUCCAUAUCGGCUCUUGUGUCUGGAACACACAAGACGUUCAAACGAUCUCUGAAUCUGGAGGAGUGGCAGGAAUUUUUCGGUGAUGAAUUCGACACGUACAAGGCAUACUUUGAUGGAAGUGACCUUUCCAACACGACAAUGCCCCCGCUUCCAAAGACGGCAACACAUCUUGAUUUUCUGGUGUAUAUAGAAUACAUAACAGUCACGUUUUUCACAAUUGAAAUCGUCAUGAGGAUGGUCUUUUGCCCUUUCAAGAAGAAGUUUUUCAUUUCUUUCCUGAACCUGGUGGAUAUAUUUGCCCUACUCGUGAUGUACUCGAAAUAUGUUGUCAAUGCGAUCAAUCCCAAAGACAAAUACCAAGCAUCAGUAUUUGAUAUUGUCCAUUGCCUGCAAAUCGUCCGAGUCUUUCGUCUCUUCCGGCUCGUCAAGAACUACAUCGGAUUCCGGGUGCUGUUGUAUUCCGUUAAAGCUAGUGCCAUUGAAGUGAUGCUUAUGUCAAUGUUUCUGGUGGUCGCCAUGCUUAUGUUCGGUGCUUUUGCCUUCUUUUCGGGAGACACCGUUUUCGAAAGUAUCCCGGAUGCUUUCUGGUGGGCGAUAGUAACCAUGACUACGGUCGGUUAUGGCGAUGUUUAUCCGACUAUUGGACUGUCCAAACUUGUUGGAGCCGUCUGUGCUGUCACUGGAGUUUGCCUUCUUGCAGUCAUUAUCCCUAUAUUUGUAAAUAACUUUCUCUUGUUCUAUGCAUAUUCAAAAGUUUGGGGGUCAUCCAUUAAUGAAAACGAAAAUGAAAAGAAGAAAAGCACUUCCAGCGUUUCCCCAAUCCAGGUCAAGGAGAAAUCAUCGUCAUCACUGCCUUCAAAAAGUAAAAACACUGAUGAGAAUAUUUGA